GCCACGCCGCAUCGAAACGCGUGGGCGUCCGUUGCACUUUACGCGCGUAAAUUUAACGUCAUCCCGCGUUCUUUAAUUAAAUCGAAAUGACGUCAUAGCCGUGUGAAUUUUUGCAUAGAUAAAAAAUUGUGUUUGUUUUUUUUUGUAAUGAUUGCAUAGAUAAAAAAUGGGUGAGCAAACGUUCAACAUUUCGGAUGACAAUUUGGAACAGCAUAUCGUUACUUUGUUUGAGAAAUUGGAUAGUUUACGUAGGGAUGCGAAUACGAAUGACACUGGUUUGACCGGGCGAGUGCCGGCGAGGUUGGAAGUGCGGACUCUUUCGUUGUGGAAGGCUGUGGUUGCUGAGUGUGCUGCGUCCUUUUUGUAUGUUUUUAUCGUGUGCGGGGCAGCUGGUGGCGCGGGUGUGGGAGCAUCUGCCUCAGCUGUGCUGCUCUCGACGGCCCUCGCUUCCGGCUGUGCUAUCGCUACAUUGACAUUAUGCUUCGCUCAUAUAUCUGGUGCACACGUGAACCCGGCGGUAUCCGCCGCUCUUUGUGUGCGUCGCCGCGUGUCGCCGCUCCGAGCCGCGCUGUAUGUAGCCGCGCAGUGUGGUGGCGCUAUUGCAGGUGCUGCGGCUAUUUAUGGUGUCAGCGUGCCGGGGUAUGCGGGGGGAUUGUCCGCGUCGCUCCCGGGAGGAGGAGGGGCGGCUUGGGAGAGGCUCGGUGCUGAACUCCUGCUGUCAGGGCUGGUGGCUGCUGCGUACUUCGCAGCGAUGGAGCGACGGUGGACGGGAACUGCGCCAGCUCUAUUGGGAGCCGCUUAUUGCGCUGCUAGCUUCGUUUCUAUGCCCUCGCUGAACCCAGCUCGGUCACUCGGCCCGUCCUUCGUGCUGUCCCGCUGGGAGAGCCACUGGGUGUGCUGGGUGGGCGGGCUCGGCGGCGGCAUCGCCAGCGCGCUCCUCCACGAGUGGGCUUCCAGAAAACCACGUGCCAACUCCAACUCGAGAGCCUCCUCGCCCAGAGACCUGGACGAACUGGACAAGCCGGCCUUCCCGUCGCACCACUACCGCCACGCGUCUACAUACUGCUCAGCGACUCCUCGACCAGAUAACACUGAGCCCCUGUACUCUGGCACCAAGUCGCUGUACUGCCGCUCGCCGCCGCCGGCUAGACACACUCUGCACAGGUCUGAUGGAACCUCAUGUCAAAUGUCACAAUCAGUAUACAGCAAGAGCAGUGCUGCUGGUGGCGUGUCGUCGCUGGCGGGUGCUCAGUCGCUGCUGCUGCGGCCGCACACGGCGGUCAGCCAGAACGUGCACAACGCGCAGAGGGACCCGCCCUAUGGGGCCGCUAAUGGCGUACGGCCUGGACCCGCUGGCGCAGCAGUCCAAGAGCGGCGGGAAUCAGUCUACAGUUCAGGCACGCGCCGCGGACCGCUCUCCUCCGAAGACAGCGCGUACGGCAGCUACGCUCCACACGCACACGCGCACGCCGCCCACACGCUCACGCACACGCAGCACGCGCGCACAUUCCGCGCCCCGCUGCACCCGCAGGAACAUUACUAGCGGCGCGCCUCGCAGCACAAUAUUGCGCUGCUUUUUGACGUUUAGUGCUGUGUAACCACAGUGUGUAACGUGUUUUUUUUUCCUCUUCAUGGCAAGAUGAUGUGACUAUUUGCCAGUGCCAAGUAUGUGUGUAAUGUGUUAUCAACUGGCAGUUAUUGCCAGAUGAAAUAACGGGUACAGACUAUAGACUAGUGUCAGUGACGUUGACAUAUUGUGACGUUGUCAAACUUUGAAAUUAAAUGUACGUUAAUACAAAAGUUAUUACAGAAUGUAAUAAUUAUUAUAGUAUCGAUAAAAUAUAUUCCGCAUUCAGUGCAUUCAUGCAUUUGAAGUACAUCAAAGGUAAUUUUACUCUGACUGAUCGUCUAGAGCCGAGAGAUAGGUCGUCUAUAGCCGUCACUUUCCCACACUGGAAUUAGAACUGAUUUAAGACGUUAUCUUACCAUGAGGGUAGUCGUGUAUUGAAGGUGCAUUGUUUUACUUGAGAAAUUAAUCGUUCUUGCAAACAAAUGCAAUUAAAGAGUGUAAAACUGAUGUAAUUAAGACUUCCAAAAUGUAGUUAGACGGUAGACCUACCACUUGUAUGAUGACAAAAAAUACUGUAAAUAAUAUGUAACAUUGUAAUUUCUGACUUUUUAAGCUGUGCCAUAUUUUCAUAAACUAAUAAUUAAGAUUUUGUCAUGUCAUCUGAUGUUAAGACUUACUAAAAGUAUACAUAAAUUAAAUAUUUAACUUAAAUGUAUAAAAGUGUUUGUUGAAUGAAUAAAUAAUAAUGUGAUUGUUCAUCAACUCAUUGUACAUACAGCUGUCAUGUUUGCUAUUUAAUCUGUAUCAAUAAAUAUAGUUAAUUAUUAUUCUUCUACAAUGUCUCGGUUAUAAGUAGGUAUACCUUUACAACGAAUUAGAAAAAUAUACCAAAUGAUAUCAAUGCAUUUACAAAUCUAUUUCUAUUCACUUAAUUGUUGUUACUAAGUACCCUAAGGUUAUUUUUCUUUAGCAGCAACUAUUGUAUUGUAACUAUCCAUCUUUCCCCAUAAUUAUACAAAACAUAAGAUAAUGUAAAUAUAUAAUUAAGGAAUAAAUUAACUUUGCUGAUUGCAUGCUAUCAAAUUCAGUGAUAAUGUUCAUUAAUAAAUUGUUAUUACAAUAAGUAAUAAGACCAAUGUGUACCAAAGUUUGGUAUAAAAUAGUCACUAAGAUCUUUAAAUAUAUUUUAUUAUAAAAAAAAAAUUGUUAAUAUAGGUAGUCUAUACAAUUAUUUAUGUUGGCGUUUAGUCUGUAUGUGAAUUAAUUUAAAUUUGGAAUAUUCUAAUUCCUAUUUUAAUUAUUGGCAGAAAACGCUUCACAUUUCACAAUUUUCCUCUUGUGUUGCCACAUUGACAUUUUGUUGGUGGCAAAAAUGUAUGACUGAAAAUUUAUGAAAUAGGUAGUUUGAAUGUAUAUUUUGAACUUUAUAUACUUAUAAACAUUUGUCAACAUAAUAUCUUCACAAUAAGACUGUUACCUCUAUUUUUUAUUUAAGGCUUCCAAAAAAUAAUGUCUAGUUCAAUAAGGUUAUUUUUAUAAUUUAGAUAUGUAUUUGUAACAACACUGUUUUCUUUUAUUGUUUAAGCGUUUUAUAUACCAGUAGAUAAUUUAUAAAGUUUUUACCACUAGCAACUAAAUUUUAAACUUCCCAUAAAUUGUUGUCAUUCUUGGCGAUACUUAAAAAAUGUAAAUAAACUAAUUCAAGUUGAUUUA